ACGGGGCCGAUACAAACGUCUUUAUCCAAUGGGCCCUGUUCUUUCCGUAGCAACUUCGUUCUUUAACGCGCUCUGUUCAUCUUUACCUUUGCUUAUUACUUGCUUUUUGGGAACACAGCAGUGGCACGCAUGGCUGGUAGAAAAGUAGAAACUACUGUGCAGAAAUAAGAAUCGUGGAAAGUGAUCAAGACCUUGCUUGCCUCUUCUCCUCUUGUCGUAUCUCUUUCUUUAUUAUAUUUACCUGUUUUAGUCCUCCAGUAAAGGGAUUUGCACUAGCUGUUGAGCUGCGGGUGAAGAGGAAUUAGGGUUUUUCUUUGUAAAUUGAAGGUGAUAGGGGAGCUCUUCUAGGAUUUGUGGGCGUUUGAAGAAGGGGGCGUGGAAUCAAUCGACGAGAAGGCCGUUCCGAUCGGGGAAAAAUGCGGGGAGUAUCGUUGCAAUCGUUGCCGCUAGGGUUCAGGUUCAGGCCGACGGACGAGGAGCUCAUCCGUCAUUACCUUAGGAAUAAGAUCAACGGUAACGAUUCUGCCGUGCAGGUUAUCAAGGAAGUCGAUGUCUGUAAGUGUGAGCCCUGGGAUUUACCUGAUUUGUCUGUGAUAAAGGGGGAUGACCCGGAGUGGUUCUUCUUCUGUCCGCGCGAUAGGAAGUAUCCAAAUGGACAUAGGUCUAACAGAGCCACUGAUGCUGGCUACUGGAAGGCCACAGGCAAAGACCGCAUGAUAAAGUCUCGCAAGAAUGGUACCUCCAAACCCGGAGUGAUUGGUAUGAAGAAGACUCUGGUUUUCCACCGAGGCCGUGCUCCCAAGGGAGAGCGCACCAACUGGAUCAUGCAUGAAUAUCGAGCCACUGAAGAGGACCUUGAUGGCAGCAGCCCUGGACAGGGAGCCUUUGUUCUGUGCCGCUUGUUUAGGAAGCAAGAUGAGAAGGCUAACCAUUCCAAGUAUGAUGAAGUUGAACAAACUGGGUUGUCUUCUUCCACAAGCAAAUCUUCUCCUGAUGACAACAUGUCCUCAGAUGCUCUUCAGGGAACAACAACAACGUGUGUCCAAGUCAGAAGGCAACAAGAAGUUACUUGGAGAUCUGAUGACAUAACCUCGAAUGGCCAUUUUUGUCCGGGAGGCUGUUCUUCAGAUGCAGAUAACCACUCUGCAGAAGAAGCAGCUACAGAGGUGCAUCCACAGCUGGCAGGGGACUUGGUUUUUGAAGAGUCUACAUGUGAACAAGUUGAUUGUAAGGUUUUCUCCCCAUUGCAAAUGCAGAUGGAAACAGAGAUGGGUAUAUCCAUUGAUGCACUAUUAUACAAUGACUUUGGCAUCGAUCAUAAUGGAACACAAUUCCAGGAUGGCACUGGUGAACAGGAUGUUUCUUUUGACCUGUUGGAAUUACAUCAAAACAAUGUUGAGUAUCCAUGUGAAGAGUCUACCAUUUUCACAACCUCUGCUGUUUGCAAUGACACCAAAAUGUUUGGGCACACUCCUUUGUUAACUCAUGGGCUGCCUGGAAACUCUUACAUGGAGCCCAGUGAAAUUUAUCAUAAUAUGGCCCUAGAACAGAAGCAAACAUUUCUCACAUAUUGCCAAGGUCAAUCGUCAAGCGAUGCCCCUAAACAUGGAAUGGAAGACAUUGGUGCCCUUUAUGAUAACUCUAUGAGACAAAAUGUGUCAUCUGCUGAUUCUAUUAUUGCUCCAUUCUACGGGUCACUCAAAAUCCUGGAAGCAUCAAAUGGUCAGUCUAGUGUUGCUAACUGUGGGUGUGAAGUUGGUGAGACGGGAAUCAAGAUCAGGACCCGCCAGCCUGGAAACCGAUCACAUCCCAAGGAUGUUUUUAUACAGGGAAAUGCCCCAAGAAGAAUCCGUCUGGAAACAAAACUCUCUCUUGUAUCAGCUUCCAGUUGUAAAUUGGUAGAUUCAAGCAGCUGUGUCGAUGAUGAAGGGCAUGGCGCAGAGUCAACUUCUGAGGCCAGAGAAGUUGGCAUAGUUUCUGAUGAGGCGGAUUCAAGUCAUCCAUCCAUUGUUGACCAUAACUGCAAAACGGGGUCUCAAGUAAACAGGGAAACCUCUCAAGUAUUGAAUGCAAGACACAGGGUUAGAACUAAACAGGACGGAGAGACAGGCUGUUGCCAGAUCAUGUCACGUGCAUUCUCAGGAAUACAACCCCGGCUUAGUCGCCGGAAUUUCUCCAUUCUUCAUGCAGUUGGUAUAUGUUUGAUUGCCAUCCUGUUCAUAGUAUCUAUUGGGAUGUGGAGGUGCCCUACCAUAGUACUGAGCCGGGUGAAAUAGGUAUGUCAUGUAGCUUAAGGGUGCAAUGUAAAUAGGACACCUGCUUGUUUAACUAUGUAGCCUGAGUUUGGAUCAAGGCCUUCGAUUAAUGGACGAUUUUGAUUAAUUAUAUUAAUUGUACUAGUUGUAUAUAUUUUUUAUU